AUGGCCAAUAUUAGGAAAGGGUGGAAGCAAGAAUAUGAGAAUGUUGAGGAAAAGGAGAGUGAUGGUGAUGAGGAGAUAGUGUGGGAAGAGGAAAAGCCGUGUGGUGACACCAUUGAGCUUGCAUAUGAGUCAUGUGUGGAUAAUUUCUCUAAUUCUUAUGAUAGCAACUCUUCCAAUCCUUGUGAAAACAAUUCUUCCGUUUCUUUAAAAGAUAAUGAUGACCUUGAAUCUUUCACAUUUGAUGAUAAUGCUUUGAUUAAUGAGAAUGAUGAUAAAUUGCAUGAGAUGGUAUGUGGUGAUGAUGAUGUGCAUGAUGAUGCGAAUGUGUGUGAAUUGAAUGAUGUUGAGUUCUUGAAAUUCUUUGAUGAUUGUAUUGAUGAUGCUAUGUAUGUUCAUGAAUUUCUUGGAGAAGUUGAGGAGGAAAUGGAUGGAAGUGAAAGGGAUGUUUUGUUGAAUAGUGAUGAAGAGAGGGAGAAUGAGAAACGAGAAAUAAUGGUAGAAGGGGUUGAAAAUGAGAAUGAUGUUCUUGAGUCUUUUACUUUUGGUGAUGAAUCUUUGUCAAAUGAGCUUGCUAAUGAUUUGCAUGAGAUGCUUUGUGGUGAUGAUGAUAUGAAUAUCGAGGUUAGCUUGUGUGAUCUAAUUGAUAUUGAAUUGGUGAACUUCCAUGAUAAUUGCCUUAAUGAUGCUUUAUAUAUUCAUGAUUUGAUUGGUAAAGAUCGGAGUGAAGAGAGUAUGACUAUAGAAAAGAAAAAUGAAGAAGAAAAUUUUGAAAAUAAGAAGGUGUUGUUUGAGGAAGUUCAUGGCAAAAUCAUAGAAGAGGAGAAGGAAAAGACAAGAGAUGAGAGUGUAAAGGAGGAAGUUGAGUAUAAAUGUAUGUUUUUGGGGUUGUGUAUUGUAUUUGUUUUACAAUGGAGCGGUAAUGAAUGCUGUGUGGAAGAGGAAAGAACAGCUUUGCAUGAAAUCAAAGAUUUCUUCAUUAAUGCAGUAGACGAUUAUCCAGAAUUUGAUUCUUAUAUACUACCGUCUUGGGUAGAUGAUAGUGAUUGCUGUAACUGGGAGCAGGUUGUCUGCAAUCCCAUCACGGGUCGUGUUCGGGAGCUUACUCUAUACGGCCUUGUUGAUGGCCCUCCACAGUAUUGUCUCAAUAUGUCUCUAUUCAGUCCUUUCAAGGAACUGAUAAAUUUAGUGAUAUCUGGAAAUGCUUUUAGUUGUUGCGUUCACAACUAUGAGCUUAACAAGUUGACCCAUUUGAAGAGUUUGGAGGCUUUGAACCUUGAAGGAAAUUAUUUUAUUGGAAAUGAUAUCUUGGGGUGCCUUAGUGCCGUGACAGAGCUCAGAUCGUUGAUUCUUAGUGCCAAUUCAUUUGAUUCCUUUUCAGUUCUACAAGAGCUAUCUAAUUUGACAAAUUUGGAAUCCUUGGAUCUUAACGGCAACCUAUUCACCGGGUCUCUCACAACACAAGAUCAGGAAAGCCUUUUAAAGUUAAAGAAGCUAAAGCACUUAGAUUUAAGUGUAAAUUUUCUCCAUAAGAAGGGCAUUCUAAAGUCUCUUUGCAAUCUUGUGGCGCUUACAUUCUUAUCAUUAGAGUCAAAUGAAAUAGAAGGAACACUUUCCAAUGAUGAUGUGGGAUGUCUAAAGAAUAUCAAAUUCUUGAACCUAGGAAAUAAUCAACUGAAUGACACAAUACCAGUUCAAGCUUUUACUUCGCUCAAGAAUUUAAAGGUCCUUGACUUGAGUUUUAAUGGGUUCGUGGGGAGCAUUCCUCAAGCUAUUGGAAACUUGUCUGCUUUGGUUGCGCUGUCACUAAGGAAGAACAAUCUCACAGGAAUUCUGCAUGGUCAAGAGUUUUGUAAGCUUAAAAACCUUGAGGAGUUGGAUCUCAGUGAUAAUAGCUUGGAAGGAUUUCUUCCUCCAUGCUUUUGCAACAUGACCUCCCUUAGGCUAGUAGACCUUUCUUCAAAUCAAUUUAGGGGAGACUUUUCUUUUAUUUUUCCUAGCCUUAGAUCUCUAGAGUACAUUAGGCUUGGUGAUAAUCAUUUUCACACUAAAUUCUCAUUUAGCUUGUUAGCCAAUCACUCUAAGGUCAAACUUAUCGAAUUACUCAACAAUGAUAAAUUAGAGGUGGACACUGAAGAUUCAAAUUGGAUCCCUAAGUUUCAAUUGGAAAUCCUCGUAUUACCCGACUGUAACCUUAACAAGCAGAGUCAAAAGGUUCCGACUUUUCUUGCAUAUCAAAGCAUGCUAAAGGUACUUGAUCUCUCCCACAACAAUUUGAGAGGAGGCUUUCCUAAUUGGGUAGUUAAGAACAAUACAGAACUUUUGGUUUUCAACCUAAGGAAUAACUCUCUCGAGGGAUCAAUGCAUCUUCAACCGCAUCUUAAUUCAAGUAUUGUUCGAAUGGAUGUAUCUGACAAUCAACUUGAUGGAAAGCUUCACGAGGAUGUGGGAAGAAUGUUUCCACAAAUAACUUACCUAAAUCUAACCAAAAAUUACUUUGAAGGAUUUGUUCCAUCCUCCUUUUGUAAUAUGAGUCAAUUAAUUUUGCUCGAUUUGUCCAUCAACUACUUUGAUGGAGAAAUCCCCAAGGAAAUGGUUUCGGGAUGCCUCCAUAAUUUGGCUAUACUGACUCUAUCCUCUAAUAGAUUUCGUGGGCAAAUAUUCUCGACCAGCUUCAACAUGACCAGAUUAAAGGUAUUGAGCUUGGAAGACAACCAAUUUUCAGGACACAUCUCAAAUGCAAUCAAUAGAAAUGCUUUGAUAUUUUUGGAUGCAAGCAAUAAUCUUUUUUCUGGUAAAGUGAACAAUUGGGUAGGUAACAUGACGAAUCUUAACAUCCUCUUCAUUCGAAAUAACUCUCUCAAGGGCCAGUUGCCUUGCUUAAUAGUUUCACAUCUAUACCUUCUUGAUAUUUCCCAUAACUCACUUUCAGGACCAUUGCCAUCUUGUCCAUCUCUACUUCAACAUGUCCUUAUCCAAUCAAACAUAUUCACUGGACCCAUACCAGAAACUCUAUUAAAUUCCUCAACUCUAGUGACGUUGGAUAUUAGAGAUAACAAUUUAUCAGGAAAUCUUCCUGGUAAAAUUGGUGCAGAGAACUUGAGGAUUCUUCUAUUGGGUGGCAAUCAAUUGAGUGGUCCAUUUCCAAGCCAGUUGUGUUGGUUACAAAAACUAAACUUGAUUGAUCUUUCACAUAACCGCUUAUCUGGUCAAAUACCCCGAUGCAUCAAUAAUGUGACAUUUGGAAAAUCAAGGUUGGUUGACAAUUUUAAAGAAUUUGGUGAAAACAUAUGGGAUCUUGAUAAAGUUGUUAUAUAUGGAAACAUCUUAGUUAAAGUGUAUGAGAUAAGCACAAAUGAUAGUAGAUAUGAUGAAGUGAUAAUAAACUUUGUUACGAAAAGCAGGUCCAACUCAUACAAGGGUGACAUCUUGAACUUAAUGUCUGGAUUGGAUUUAUCAUGCAACAACUUUACAAGUGAAAUCCCGUUUGAACUAGGUGAACUCACUUGGAUUCAUACAUUGAAUUUGUCUCAUAACCAAAUCAAAGGUUAUAUUCCCGUAACAUUCUCAAGAUUGAGACAGUUGGAGAGCUUAGAUCUUUCUUAUAACAAUCUAACUGGAAAAAUUCCUCCAGAAUUGAUUGAUUUGAAUUUUCUUGCUUUUUUCUCUGUGGCACAUAACAACUUGUCUGGUAGAAUUCCUGAGAUGAAAGGACAGUUUGCAACAUUUGACAAGAGCAGCUAUGAAGGGAAUCCAUAUCUUUGUGGUGUGCUACUAGCUAAGAAAUGCAACCAGAUAAUUGAGUCCCCAAGCUCUCCAACACCGAGCUUAGAAUUUACAAGUGAAACAAAAUGGUACGAAAUGGACAUGUUGGUUUUCUGGGUAGCUUUUGUAGUUGCUUUCAUCAUUUUCUUUCUAGGAGUGGUAAUUUCAUUUCAUUUAAUUGGGAACUUGAAUGCAUUGUACCAUUACAAAGAAUUCAUGUUGUAUUGA